AUGGCCAUCAAGAAAAUGCCGUCUUCCACAAACAAACGACGACAUGCCACCUCCAAGUCUCUGGACGAAGAUAAAACCACCGCUGAAAGCCUCAGCCAUGAACAGCCGCAAAUUCAAUAUCUACCCGACAUGCGCAGGCUCGUGGGAACACCACUCCGCGGCAGUGGCAACGUCCCAUCCCAGCCCGGCGGCAACCCAAGAGGACUGAUCCCAUCACAACAAUAUAUCAGCCGCAUCCAGCGGGCCCCGAUACCCAUACCGGCGUCGUCUAUACAGACACUGACACCCAAACUCCGCCGCUCGCCCCUCCCCUUCACCUACGGCGGCGCGGAAGUCAGUCUCGACCCCUCAACCCUCUCCAUUCGCCCCGACGCCACGGCCAUCGAGCAGAUCAAACUCGUCAUCCCCGUCGUCCCGAGGAUGAUGAACGGCCAAGCCGAUCUGCCCAAGAUGCUCGCCAUGCUGGUCUCCCAUGCGAAUGCGACCGCGGUUCAACCGCCACCGCAGAUAUCAGCGGAUGUGAACGCGACUGUGCUGGGCAGUGAGGUCGAUACCCCCGGUGCGGACUUCGAUUUGUUGUUGAAUAGCUUGAGCGAGUCCGGGCUUGUGGGGGCGAAGAAGUUGUGA